AUGUCUCUUGCUAAGAACAUCCUUCUAUUCGGUGCAACGGGCAAUAUCGGCUCAUUCAUCCUGGACGCCAUCCUGCCCGAGCGCUCCCAAUUCGGCCGUAUCGCCAUCUUUACUUCCCCACACACAGCCGAAACCAAGACCUCGCAUCUCAACAAACUAAAAGACCAAGGCGUGGAGGUAAUUGUGGGCAAUGUCGAAGAUGAAGAUGCGGUGAAAGCAGCAUACGAAGGAAUCGACACUGUGAUUUCAGCACUGGGGCGCAACACCCUGGCACAACAGAUUCCCCUCAUCCGACUCGCAGCUGCCAGCUCUACUGUAAAAUGGUUCCUGCCCUCCGAGUACGGCACUGAUAUCAAGCACGGGCCGGCUUCGGCGAAUGAGAAGCCACACCAGCAGAAGCUGAAAGUGCGUGCAUAUCUUGAGAAUGAGAUAUCACGCGACGACCUCGCCUAUUCCUAUGUAGUCACUGGUCCCUUUGCGGAGAUGUAUCUUCAUCUCAUACCUGGGAUGGAGGCGGCUGGUGGGUGGGAUGUCAAAGGACGGAGGGCUGUUUUGUUGGGUGAGAAGGGGAAGGCAGAUGUCAGUCUGACUACGAUGAAAGAUGUUGGUGUUCUUGUCCUGAACACUCUGCUUCAUGCUACGGCUAAGACGCAAAACGCUGCCUUGUGUGUUAAUUCAUUUACCACGAGCCCCGACCAAAUCCAGGCGGAAUUUGAGCGUCAGCUUGGAGGUCAGCCGUGGGAUGUAUCUCGCGCAUCGUUGGCGAAGUUGCGCGAGGCGGAGGCUACAGCGUGGGAAACUGGAAACCCGGCGGCCACUGUGUUCACAUUACGUCGGAUUUGGGGCGAAGGCGGGACACUGUAUGCGGAGCGGGCCAACGGGUUGAUUGGGGAGCCCAAGGUCAUGGGACUGGAGGAGGUGGUUGCGAAUGAAAUUCAAAGGGUAUCGAAGUUGUAG